AUGCUCAAAUCCUACUCAAUUCCGGACCCUAAGGAAAAUGAAAACAAAUCCGAAGGGACCAGAAGCCCACUAAAAGAAACCGAAGAAAAAGGGCAGUACAGCUUCCAAAGAAGUAACUACAGAGGGAUAAAAUUAAAGGAUUCUAGAAGGUGGACGCCAAGACAAAUUGAUAUAUCUCUGCUUUUAAUGGAAGGAAAGAUCCUAAAAAAACGCGAAUCGUAA